CACCACACAUAUAACUAUGUAUGCAAAACCCCAUCAAACUAGCGUGUCUAUACAUAUGUAUGUAUAUAUGUAGAACUAGAAGCCACUCCCACUCCCAUCAACUCAUAAGUGCAAUCAUGGAGUGAGUAGAUAUAUAUAUAUAUACUAGUUUUGUUUCUUUUGUUAAUGCACAAGCUAAGUGUACGUACAUCUUAUCCAAAGAACACAGUUUGCAACUUUGAUCCAGCAUUAUAAUAUUAGUCGUUAGUUUCUGCAUUCUUAGGAAGAAAUAUUGGAAAAAGUUUUGAUUUUGCAGAGGAAUUUUGUUGGGUUUUUGGCUAAAACCCAUCCAGGAUGGAUUCAACUUCUUUCUUCACGUCGUUAGGGACGUCGUUCGUGAUAUUCGUGGUGCUGAUGCUGCUUUUCGUGUUGCUGUUGAGGAAGCCCGGGAACGCCGUCGUUUACUACCCCAACCGGAUCCUUAAAGGGUUGGAUCCAGUUCAAAACGGGUACGUUUCCCGGAACCCGUUUUUGUGGAUCAGGGAGGCACUCUCUUCCUCUCAAGCUGAUAUCAUCAGAAUGUCUGGCGUUGAUACAGCUGUCUACUUUGUCUUCCUCACCACUGCCUUGGGGAUAAUGGUCUUUUCUGGCUUUAUACUGCUGCCAACACUUCUACCGGUUGCUGCAACUGAUCAUAGUGUGAGGUCAAACAAUAACACAAGGGAAUGGUCUUUCAAUGAUCUUGAUAAGUUUGCAAUGGGGCAUGUUGGAGAAAGAAGUCUGCGAUUAUGGGCGUUUAUUAUUGCCACAUAUUGGGUUUCUUUUGUUGCAUACUAUUUUCUAUGGGAAGCAUACAAGCAUGUUGUUGAUUUGAGAGUUGAAGCUCUAAUGUCUUCUGAGGACAGAGCUGAGCAAUUUGCCGUUCUUGUCAGAGACAUUCCUCCAGUCCCUAAGGGUGAAUCUAGGAAGGAACAGGUUGACUCCUAUUUUAGUAGAAUCUAUCCAGAGACAUUUUACCGAUCAAUGCUGGUGACAAACAACAGAGAGGUCAAUAAAAUAUAUGAAGAGUUAGUAGGAUACAAAAAGAUGCUUGAACGUGCAGAAGCCAUAUAUGCACGGUCGAAAGAAACGACACCUGAUGGACCAAAACCCACACAUAAAACCGGCUUAUUUGGUAUUUUGGGUGAAAAGGUGGAUUCAAUAGAGUUCUAUAAUGAGAAAAUCAAUGACUUGACUUCAAAAUUAGAAGCUGAACAGAAGGUCACUCUUAAGGAGAAACAAGAAUGUAGUGCUAUCAUCUUUUUCAACAGCAGGCUGACUGCUGCAUCUGCACCACAGAGUUUACAUUUCCCGAUGGCUGACAAAUGGACGGUCACAUAUGCUCCUGAACCGCGCCAAUUGAUUUGGGCCAAUCUUCCUACAAAUUUUUACGAGAGGAUAAUUCGUCGAUACGUUAUCUACACCAUUGUCUUUGUGACGAUAUUCUUUUACAUGAUUCCAAUUGGCAUGGUUUCGGCUUUAACCACUCUUAGUAAUUUGAGGGAGCAAUUCCCAUUCUUAAAGCCCAUUGUGGAUCAACCUACAAUCAAGACAGUGCUUGAAGCAUACUUGCCUCAACUUGCUCUCAUUAUAUUCCUGGCUUUGCUGCCAAAGUUUCUUUUGUUUUUAUCCAAGGCCGAGGGGAUUCCUUCCCAAAGCCAUGCAACAAGGGCGGCUUCUGGGAAAUAUUUUUAUUUUAUAGUGCUGAAUGUUUUCAUUGGCGUCACAGUGGGUUCAACACUUUUUGAUACAUUGAAGUCCCUUCAGCAUAAGAGCAGUAUAGUUUCUUUGCUGGGAAAAAGUCUCCCAGGCAGUGCAACUUUCUUCUUGACUUAUGUGGCUAUGAAGUUCUUUGUUGGCUAUGGUCUUGAGUUGUCCAGAAUUGUUCCUCUAAUAAUGUUCCAUCUAAAGAGGAAAUACAUGUGCGAAACAGACGCUGAGUUAAAGGAGGCCUGGAGUCCUGGAGAUCUAGGAUAUGAAACUAGAUUUCCUAAAGACAUGCUGAUUCUCACCAUUUGUCUUUGCUAUUCAGUGAUUACUCCAUUAAUUAUUCCAUUUGGGGCAGUUUACUUUGGCUUCGGAUGGCUCGUUCUUCGCAAUCAGGCACUGAAAGUGUACGUUCCAUCAUUCGAGAGCUAUGGACAGAUGUGGCUGCAUAUGCACAUGCGGGUUGUGGCUGCCUUGAUUCUGUAUCAGCUCACGAUGAUCGGUUAUUUUGGUGUGAAGAAGUUUUACUACACCCCACUUCUCAUCCCGCUUCCAAUACUGUCCUUCAUCUAUGCCUUUGUCUGCAAUAAGAAAUUCUAUCGCUUCUUCCAAAGCACAGCCCUGGAAGUUGUUCCUCCAGGUGAAUUAAAAGAAGUUUCCAACAUGGAAAUCAUCUUCAACUCCUUCAUUCCACCAUGCUUGGACGGCUCUGCUGUAAAGUCUCAUUCGGAAGAUGCUUUAUCCCAAUUUUCAAGAUCAGCUUCCAAUGUGUGAUUAAUAUAAUGUGCAUAUAUUUGUUUGUUGGCCUUUCUUCCAGGGUGUUCAUAUGUAAGUUCAUGGUUUUGCUGCAGUGAUUACGUAGUAUGAAUGAGAAAAUAUUAGUCGAUAGUGCAGGGCUUUGUCAAUAGAGUGGAUCAGCAUA